GGCAGCGGCCAACGUUAAAGAUCCUUAUUGCUGUGUGGCUGAGGCUCCGGCGGUAUAAAGGCGGCCACGCGUUAAGGCUCCGGGCCGGAGAGUACGUGUCUCAGGGGGAGGAGAAGGUGGUGGCGGGGCCGGUGCGUAGCAGCCGAGCGCCGCGGGGAGGGGUGCCAGCUCCUGUGCCUGAGGGAUUUUAAUCCGAUUCCGGCCGGCCCGGAUUUUAUUAGGAGCGGGUUUUAAAGCGCCUGUCGUCCCUCUCGCCUCUGCGGACGGGGCAGCAUGUCCGAAGCGGAGCAGCAGUUGGCGGCCGCUGCCGGCGCCACCCAGAACGGGCACGAAGCGGCCGAGAGCGCAGGAGAACAGCAGGCCGAAACCGGCGGGGCUCCGGCGGCGGGCGCAGCAACGGCGGCAGCGGCGACAGCGGGAACGGCGGCAGCAGGAGCCGGACCGGCGGCGGGAACAGCGGGGGCGGCCGCCAGCCAGAACGGAGCCGAAGGCGACCAGAUCAACGCCAGCAAGAAUGAGGAGGACGCGGGGAAGAUGUUUGUUGGCGGCCUCAGUUGGGAUACAAGCAAAAAAGACUUGAAAGAUUACUUCACCAAAUUUGGUGAGGUAACUGACUGUACGAUAAAGAUGGACCCUAACACAGGAAGAUCCAGAGGCUUUGGAUUUAUUCUCUUCAAAGAACCUGGGAGUGUUGAAAAGGUUCUGGAACAGAAAGAACACAGGCUAGAUGGACGACUAAUUGACCCCAAGAAGGCCAUGGCAAUGAAAAAGGAUCCAGUGAAGAAAAUAUUUGUUGGUGGACUUAACCCAGAAGCCACAGAAGAGAAAAUCAGGGAAUACUUCGGAGAGUUUGGAGAGAUUGAAGCAAUUGAACUUCCAAUGGAUCCAAAGACCAACAAAAGGAGGGGGUUUGUGUUCAUCACUUUCAAGGAAGAGGAUCCAGUGAAGAAGGUUUUGGAGAAGAAAUUCCAUAACGUCAGUGGAAGCAAGUGCGAGAUUAAGGUAGCACAGCCAAAAGAAGUAUAUCAGCAGCAACAGUUCAGUAGUGGUGGAGGAAGAGGUAGCUAUGGAGGAAGAGGCAGAGGUGGAAGAGGCGGCGCUCAAAGUCAAAAUUGGAAUCAAGGUUAUGGCAAUUACUGGAACCAGGGUUAUGGGAAUCAAGGAUACGGCUAUCAGCAAGGUUAUGGUGGCUAUGGAGGCUAUGAUUAUUCAGGAUAUGGGUAUUAUGGAUAUGGACCAGGCUAUGAUUACAGUCAAGGCAGUGCAAAUUAUGGGAAGACACCAAGACGUGGUGGUCAUCAGAAUAACUACAAGCCAUAUUGAUCAAACUUAUUCAGGCCUGGCAGUGGUCACAGUUGAUGCCUACAAGCACUGGAUAUUCCACAAGUUGAAGACGGAAUACUGACUUGUUUACCUGAAGAUAAUAGGACUUCGGGGUAUUUCCUCAGAGAAAAUAUAAAUUUUAAUAUAAUUUCAUAAGCUUUGGAGGUUAGCUUGUCUUGUAGCUUCAGUGAUAUCAAACUUCUUCGAGUAGGAGCUAGAUAGAAAGCUGUUUAGUUUUUGCCAGCGUAUGUAAAACAAGACUUUUCUAUCUGCAUUGUAGAUUGUUUGUGGACACUUCCAGAUUCUUGUGCUUUCUGCAGUCAUUCUGGGGACUGAACUCUCAUUGAUAUCGAUAGAGGUUCCAUGAACAGGACACGUGCAGGAAUUUGUAGAAGCCCACAGUGUGGUUUGGAGUAGUGAAUUGCUUUUAGUUUGAGAUGACUGGGGGAGAUGGGAAGAACAACUGUACAUUAAGGGAACAAUUACAGAUCUUCUUCCCGGUGACAUCAAUGAGAGAUUUGCCUUCAACCUUCCACAGAAGAUGAUUUUUAGCUUUAAUUUGGGACAGUACAGGGGUUUUUCAAGAGCACUAAAAGCCAGUGGGAGCUUUGGAGGCUCCUUAUGCCUUUAAAAACCCCUACGUCAAAAGUGAUAGCUAACAACAUGAAAUGGAAGUAAAUAAAAAUGCAUUUUCAUUGCUGUUUUGAGUUACACAGUUCUUGUUUCUUGAUUCGUUAGUUGAUCUGAAUUUACACAGAUUUAAUCUAUAUGGUGACCAAGAAAAUGGUCAGUAACCGGUAAAGAUGCUAAGUACAACCAGAAAGCAAGCAGUGUGCAGGUGCAGACCCUCAGCAGCUAACAAGCGUAACAGAAGUUGACUACCUACAGCCAUCAGUCUUCUGUGUCCAUAUGGCCCUACAGCCCAAGCUCCAUGGCCGUUUCAGCAUUUACCAGCAAAUAACAAAUGCUCCCAGCUGACUAGAAGAAUAAACCUCAAGGACACAUAGGACUCAGUCACAGAUAACAACUCAGACAUCAGUCAAAUGUCACCCAACCUGCGUGGAGCACCGAGCAUGUUCCUGCUGUUCUUCAGAAUAUCGGAGCAAGAACCCCCCAAGCGCUAGGUCAGCAUCUACAGGGUAGAUUUUCCCCCUGGACGGUCUCAUUCCUCUCUCAAGUCCUCUCUGGCAGUAGCUGCUAUAAGAAAUGCAGUGGAACAAGGAUCUAACAGAGGGUUCAGACCUCCCCAAUGCACCAAAACCGCCUCCCUUCUGUAAUACAAGGUCAAGGCCACAAAGAGCCUUUCCGUCAUCUGGUUUCAUAGCACCGUCAUGCUCCUAAUUUCACCUAAGACUCCUCACAGAGCCUAGCAGCUUCUAUUGGACUAAAGUAUUUCCUCAAGAAAUUAUCUGUUAUAUCAAAAAGGCAUUAAAGUGAUGGGGAUUACAUCACUGGUCUGGUUAGGAUUAACCAGUCUCACCAUUAAAAAUCCAUGGCUUAGUUUAUUUGAUUUUGUGUAGCUUCAGUUUCCACACAUUGGAUGGAUAUUUGUACAUUUUUCUCUGUUCAAUUUAGGAACUUGUUAACAUAAAGUAUCUCCUCCCUAUAAUGGAAUCUGAUCGCCUCUUCAUUGUAAGCUGACCAGACUCGGCUGUAAGCCAUUCUUUUCCUCCCCGAAAUAAUUUUUAUGGCUUUCUACUGCACAAUCUGUUUUUUCCAACAUCUUUAAAAAUGUGAACAAUGGAAUAGUUUGCAAAUUUUUAAUUGAGCUCACUUAAUGCCAUAUGCCGAUACCGAAACUGUAAUCCUCCCUUUAUUCAUUACCCUGCUCUGCAUGGGAUGUGCCUGAUAUGAGAUAAUUAAAAGAAAGAGACCAAAAAGGGGAGACAAACAGGACAAGAUGAGUGUGCAGAGUUACAGAGUUUACAACUGAAACAAUGUAAACCAAGAAAAAUCAAACACCAAUGAACUCCACAAACCAAGACAAUUAAAUACUCCAAACUCCCAAGUUUUGGGAACCCAAACAGCAACAUGAUGUGCUCUCUUGUUUAAAAAGAUAUUUCAGCCUGCAACUCUCUGCGCUGAAAAUCUGACUAGGUUUUUGUUUUUUGAAAUUUUGCAGUGGAUGUUUUCUUGGGGAAUUUGGGUUCCACAGCAAGGAAGCGCUUUGCACACCUUCGGCCACAGACCUCAGAGCAGGACCCUCUUGAGAUAAAAUGGUUUGCCUUGAUAGUAGUGGAACACCCACAGGUAGUCAAGGUUGUUCUGUUUAGCCAAAGAUUUGCUGUUUCCGUCGUAUCAACAGCAGGCAGCAAUGAAUGGAGCUUGGCUUCGUUUCCUCUGCGCGUCGCAAGUCCUUCUCUUGUUUGACCCAAGGGAACACAGCAGCUUUUUUCAAUUCUAGGGCUGCAUCCUUUUCUUCUUUGUCUUCAGCCAGUUUUUUUCACCCUUUUAAUGUGCAUGUGCAGUGCAAAUACAGAGUUGAGAGGGCAGGGAUUUCUCCCUCCUUCAUGCGAUAAGGCACACGAGGCAGCAGUCUCAGUACUGUUAGUUCAUGCAGCAACAUCAGCCGUGAAUGCUGUUCAUUCCCAGCUACCGUCAUUGGCACCUUCACCAAAUCCUGAUGUUAUCACGUGCAUCUUAUGGGUUUCGGAGCUUUACAAUAUUUUCAGAGUCCAUAAAUGACAGAAUCCAGUAUAAAAAAAGGUCAAUAUAUUACUGUUGAAAGGGUUUUUUCCCUUUUUUUAUACAAAAAUUAAAAAGAUCAAAAUAUAUCACAUUAUUUACACAUUGUGCUCCAUGCUUAGAGAUCACUGAAAAAGAACACACAGACAAACAUUUUAAUCAAAGAGAAAUGCUCCCUUCCUUACAUUUACUAUUCUUGUUAAUAUUAUAAGGAUUGGCAUUCAGAUUGCUUUUAAUAUUAACAGCACAUUCAAGUAACUUACCACAGAAUUAAAAACUUUUAUAUGCUAAGGGCGUGCUCACAUUCUGAGGGUUUGCAACCAGUUAGUAACACGCUUGCUGUUAGACUGUGUUCACAUACCACGUGUUUGAAACCGGAUUAAUAUUUCCACUCAGCUUCAGUGUCAUAACCGCGUUGGAGAAUGAGGUUUGAGCAUCCUCCUACACGUCUGGAUCAAAUCCUCAUUGUAGGGGGGACAUUUCCCCUCAUUCUCCUGGGCUGCCUUUAGCACUUACAACCCCUGGCUGUUCUGGGUGCUGAGAUGGUACAAAUUACCCCAAAUUACCUGACCACCUGCACCCUGAUUUACUGAUUGGAGCAGCAUAGUGGUUGUGGAUUAUAAUCAGAAUGGCAGAGGAGUCUUUGGAAACAAGUGUUUUGUAACUCUGCGACAAAGAGGCAUCGUAGUGUAAAAGUCUCAGCUGGAGGGGAUGGGCCAAGUCACACCAGCACAUUUUGCAUAGUGGAGCAAUCUUUGCACGCGGGGUUCCUGAACUGCCUGGGCCAGAACAGAAGCCCAGUCUGAGCAAGCCUGAAGAAAAGGCAUUGCUAUCGACAGUAUUAAUGCGAGUGAUUUUUCAUGCUUAACAAGUUUUUUGGAGCGGUGUUGCUAGCACCAGCUGACAGCCGUGGGGAACAAGAGACAAAGCCAGAUUGAGUCCUGCUCUCCCAAGGCUUGGCCUUGGGGCUGCCAGGAAUAGAACCUGUUGCUUAAAUGAAGUGGUCAGUACAAACAAUCACCAUGCAGCAAAACAAAUUACUCAGGACCCGCUCCAGGAUAUACAAUUAUCAUUAUUACUGUACCUUAUGCCAACAUCCUGCUACUGGCAGUCCGUCCGGUCCCUGCAAAAUCGAAUUUACAGGCUUAAUUUCUGUUGAUAGUGACUUAAGUGUCACACCCAAAAACCUGAAGGUCAGUGCUCACAACAGUGAAAGGUUUACCAUUGACUACCAUGCAAAACCCAUUUAUUUUAUAUGCACAAACGUAAAUAUGCAGGCAGUGUAAUCCAGGCACCACACACAACACAAAAUUAAAUACACCCCAGGGUAACAAAAAAUAAACCUACACUUUUUCCUUUAAACCUGAAGUGUGAACAAAUAAAAAUUUUGGAACCACAGUUAAUUAACUUAAUAAUCUGCUUUAUAAGGUAGUGUUUUUUGCAAUCAGACACACAUAUGGAAAGCUUGAUGUGGAAAUGUAUUUUUUGUUAAUAUGCGCUUUUCAGUUUGAAGGCGAUGAUGUAAUUUUUUUUCCCGGAUGAUAUUUCACUUGUGUUAAAUUCAAUCCUGCAGUAUUUAGUCUCUUUAAGAACUCUUUGAGUUGCUGAACUGAUUGAAAUAGAAUCAGUUUUGGACUAUGCAAAGGGAGUGAAAAUAUUUGUCUUUUUCUGAUGGAGAUACAAGAAACAUACAGAAACCAGAAAGCCUGAAGAGCUUAUUUACCAGGAGGCAAACACUGAAAAGGAAGGAGCCCUCAGCAGAGGAACGGACUAUCUAUGACCAACUCUUGCAAGAUACUUCAGAAGAAAUAGCCGACUUCAGCUGCCUUUCCAUGCUGAUUGUUUUAAGGCUCUUGGAUCUCUGAUUGCCUGAAUUUGUGCCUGUGGAGCCCCAGAGAGCACACACCACUGACCCUGCCCUCAGAGCCACCUCCGGGGCAGCGGGUGGGGGGCCAGCAGGAUGCGUACACAGCGGAGAGAGCGGCUGGCGCAAAGAGAGGUCAAAAUGCAUUUUUACAUUUUUUACUGUAAAUGUCAGUCAUCACAUUUUUUGUAUUCUGUAUUGAUUUUAUAUGUAAAAUAGCCUAUGCCCAAUAAAACAGAUGCAGUGAAGUAAGGUUACCCUCUCCAGCUA